UGCUCAUGUAUGUCAAGCAGGCUUUCAACAGAAAAGGAUGUAUUUGUUUAUAUGUAUCAUGUUCUUGCAGAUCCUUAGAUGUGGAGCACACCAAUAUCUCACCAGUCCAACUGCAGAAACAACUCUGACUGAGGAAGAAAGCCCUAUAGCAUCCAUAACAGCUCAUCCCUGGGUGACCUUGCUGAAGGACACAUGCACGUGGACUCUACGUCGGGACAUAAGGUCAAACAUCAGCCUGACCCAGGAGCUGAGGUUGACAAUCACACAGCAGAUCUGCCAGUCCCUGGGCUGCGGAGAUGUGGACGGUAUCAGUGAGACAUCGGCACCGCUCAACAGCACGUGUCUGUCUCACUGCCUCCGAGUCGAUCAUACAGGACUGCACCACUGCUCAGAGGUGGUGGCCGAUGACUGUAAAGUCUUGACCAAAGUCACAUGUGGACACAGUAAAGUUCGUCUGGUUGGUGCAGAUCAUCGUUGCGGAGGGCGUGUGGAGGUUUGGCAGGGGAAGCAGUGGGGCACUGUGUGUGAUGAUGACUGGGACGUGAACGACGCCAACAUCGUCUGCUCUCAGCUGGGCUGUGGCUAUGCCGUCAUGGUGACGGGACAAGAUGGUCGCUUCGGCCCAGGCAAGGGCUCCAUCCUAUUGGACAAUUUGAACUGCACCGGCCAAGAGGGGAACCUAUGGGAGUGUCCCGGUCGGAGAGGCACAGAUGACUGUGGGCACAAGGAGGAUGCUGGGGUGGUGUGCUCAGAGUUUAAGGAUGUCAGGCUGUCAGGAGGUCUUGAUCGGUGCUCAGGUCGGGUAGAGAUCCAUCGAAAUGGGACAUGGGGAACUGUGUGUGAUACCUGCUGGGCCAAGGAAGAAGCCAACACUGUGUGUUCAAUGCUAAACUGUGGGAGAGCUGUCAAUUUUUCUGCAUUCAAUCCACCUUUCACCCAUGACAACAGCACCAAGUGGUUUUACUUCUGUAAGACUGCAAACACUAGUUUGUGGCCUUGUGAGGAAUUUGCCAACCACCCAGCUUUUUGUGCUGACUCAAAAGCCGCAGGAUUAAUUUGUGAAAACUCACUCGGGCUGCCUCCAACCCCUACUCAGGACACAACGAUCACAAGACUAAAAGAUGUUUCUCCGUCUACGAGCACGGUCUCUGUCUCCGUGACAACCGGAGAGCCGUUGAUCCCCCUCUCUCUUGAGCAGCUGGGCUGUGUGGGCCUAUCGGCAGCCCUCCUCAUCGCCCUGAUCGCAAACAUCAUCAUCUGCUGCCGAUACAGGAGGCAAGACAAGCUUUUGAUUCAGCGGAAACACCCUGUGCUUCAGAGCGCAGGUGAGCACCAUAACAAUGACUACGGAGACAGCAUCGACCUGGUCAACGUCACCAGCAACAACUACGAGGCAGACCACGCCGAUCACUCGGUGGAGACUGCCCCUUCUUAUUACCCCCAGAGCAGCAUCGACAGCUCGGUGUCCUACGAUACGGACCGUGAUGGAAGCCUGAGCGUCGAGCUUGCCUACCCUCUCUCCACCUUCCGCAAUUCACGGAAAUACAGCUCAGAAAGAAGAACCCCGACUGCAGGAGUUUCACACAUGAGCAGUCUCACAGAGGAAGCUUGCAACCCUGCUGGGGACAUGGCCACAUUGCAUGCUGGGUACUUAGUGGACAACUGUCAGCCAAACAGGACAAGCUAUGCAGGCACAGCCAGUGUGGAUUCCUUUGACUCUUCCAGCACUUCGUCUGGUGAAUGCUAUGAGAACGUAGAAGCAGCCAGCUCUGCACUACCAGACAUAGAGGCACCAAUUUAUGACCAGACAGAUGACUUCCUGCAACAUGAUGGAAACCACGGAGAGCUCACGGCAACACACACUUUCAGCCAGGGGGUGGCGGCAGAAAGCCCCUCUAGUGGAGAAGACUCCCCCCUCUACUCCCCCGUGAGCAUGGAGCCGCCAGAGGCGGAGGACGAGUCUGACUGUGACUAUGACGACGUGGACUACUUGCAGUGAUGGAGAGUCCAUAGACUGGGACCAUGAUGAUGUUCUCACAUACAGUACAUGCAGUGACCUGACCUGAGAUGACCUGGCCUGAUUUGGGGAGUCCUCGGACUGUUACCACGACAACAUGGUUAGCCACAUGCAGUGAUGGGUAGUCCUCAGCCUGCUACCGUGACAAUGUGGUCAGCUGCAUGGAAUGAUGAGAAGACCUCAGACUGACUGUGGUCAGCUACUUGCCAUCGCCUGACCUUGAGGUGGGUUUCACAACAACUCAUAUCCGAAUACAUAUCAUUCUUUGUUCACUCCACAGGAACAGCAGUUGAAUUAAAGAUUAUUUAUUGCAAUUACAGUUUUUCUCAGUCGCUUUAGUACAUUUCUCAGAAUUGAAAUUCUCAAAACUACUUGUUCAAUCUUCACAUCAUUGCGUCACUUGUGCACAUCAAAAAAUCAGUUUCUCAUUUUCUUUCAACAAGUUGCAAAUGUUUUGGUACAUCCAUGCAUAUUAUGAUAUUCUCUGCUGAAUAGUCUCACCCCCACAACAUGCAAAAUGGUUGAACAUGUUGUCAUGAGAAUUUGUGGCCCAAAAGACAGGAACGUCAGGAGGUGGAGGAAGACUGCACUGUUAUUCCUACAGCACUGCAUGUACAGUUUUUGCUAAGGGGAUUGUCCCAUUUCAUCUUUGAAUCGCAAUGACAUGAUCUGUCAACAAAUUAUAGUAAAAAACAGUAAAAGCGUAAAUGUGAAUCCUGUCCAGUCUCUUGCAAUCAAACUCCCACCUACACUAAGGUGUAACCUACAAUUUCCAAAAAUUGUCAUCAAAACUUGAGCCAUAGUUUACAUCAGAACAGGGUACACUGUUAUACUGACAACAUGACUAUGUCAUUUGACUGUCUUAUCCGUACACAAUGACAUAAGGACUUGUCAUUCUGAUGCACUGACAUUCAUUGACACAGAUAUUUCGUUUUGAGAGAUGAACUAAGGCUUUUGAGCAAGAAACUCGCUUUUGUAGGUAAUCCAUGGUAUUUUGCUGUUUGUACAACUUGUUCUGAGAAAUGCACUUACUGUUUUGCAAAUCUCAAGGAUGAUUCGAGAAAUGUAGCAAAGCAACUGAGAAAAACUGUAAAUAAAGGCUGCAGAUUAGUAAUCUGGGCAAAAUGUUGAGAAUGGACUCAGUAUAUAUCCAAUAACGAUUGUCUGUGUUUACAUAUCUGUCCAUUAUUGUUUAUAUGCACAAUAUGACUGCAAUUUGUACUUUGUAAAUAAUCUACUUUUAAAU